CGUCACAUUUACUGGUUCUUUUGCUGGUCCGGGCUUCGAUACAACUCCAAACUUUUGGAGUUGCAUCGAAAUCCGGACCACCAAAAGAACCACAUGUUGUUUUCCCAAAAGAACCAGUGGUUCUCACAGUAUAAUAAAACAAGAGUACAAGUAGUUGUAUUUUUCUAGUGAUCCACUUACCAAACCACAGAAAAAAUAGGGAAACUUGGCGACUUUUUCGGAUUAAAGAAAUUUUUAAAAAAGUGGGGGACUGGAAAUCGGGGUCAUUUUCCAUUUUUUUCUGGUGUGUGUAUGUAAGUAGAAAAUGAUUCACAUCCAUGCUAUCUUUGAAAGGUCAGACGUGUGGAAUUUUGCGCUUUUUUUGUAACGCUGUGCAGAAUCGUACUCAUGUGGACCCUUCUCGAACAUCCUGGGGCCUUACUGUAAAGGAUCCCCCCCCCCAAGGCCCCCCUUGGCCUUAUAAAAGCGACCCCCAAGGGCCUUAUACUGGGGCCCCCUAGGGGCCCUAUGGCCUUGGCCUUGCUGCCCGGGACCCCCAAACGUCGCACUGGGUACCCCCCUCCCCCAUACCUUCCAGAUGCGGGCCGCGGUCGGUAUCUCCGUGCGGCACUCGUCUUUUAAGGGUCGAAAUCACGCACGGCCCCCUGUGCGCCACCCUUGUCCACUGGGCUGCGCAAUGCGGCCGCUGCCAGCGAUUUACCGCCCGCGCCCGGCUCUCGCCAGCGGUCCAGGGCGUAGUAUAGCAAGCAAAUCGCCCGCCAACCGGCAACGCGGGCGGUCGGGACAGGGGGUCGCGCCCUUGCGUCCUGCGUUCUUUCGUUUUAAUUGUCUAUGCGACGUAGGCUGUGCUUUUCCGCGUUUCGCGCGGGCGGCCCGGGCAUGGGGCCAAUCGCCGUCGCAGUUCUUCUCGGUUGACCGAGCGACACAUACGUGUACCGAUAAACCUGCAAGCCUGGAUCGCGAGCGAUUUUUACGUAGGACGGUCUGGAGGACACGUCUCCGCGGGCGCUUGUGCCCGCCCAUCGGCUACCGCUCCGUGGCUUCGUACAGCAAGACCGGCGUGUGUCCUGGUGUGUUGGUUUUCGGCCAGCGGCAUCGAGUCAAAUACCUAUACCGGAGCGAGGCUGCGUUCGACAUCGCCGGACCGUAG